GAGGCGCGCGCUGGCCAGGGCGGAGGCGGGGAAGGGGGCUGCCCCGCGCCGCGUCUCUCUCUCUCCCUCUCUCUGUCGGGAUGGGCUGCCCCGCGCCGGUGCCCGCCGCUGGGGGCGGUGCAGCGGGGGGAUGCCAAGGCGGGCUGCCCCCGGCGCUGUAAGCAUGUGGUGGGGAGUGGAGCUCCCGCCGCACGGCUCGGCUGCUCCUGCUGCUCCUGCUGCUGCCGGUGGUGGUGGCGGCGGCGGUGACGGAGGCGGCGGCGGCGGCGGCGGCGGCAGGUAGAGCCGUCCUCCCCCGCCCUCCGCACCCCACCCCGAUGUCCCGCGGAGACCGCCAGGCGUUGCUUCCAGCUCUCCCCGUCGGCUUUGCCCGUGGCGGUUGGCAAGAGCCCCUCCAUGCACGCGCUCACCCUCCUCUGGCUGGGCAGCGUUGCGAAGAUUCUCCCGUUGUGCUGCCUCUCUUGCAGCGUUGUGGUGGAGGCAGCGUUGCCCGGUGACAGCGGUGGUGGCCCCGGCGCCUUCAACCAGGAUUACACCUUUGUUAUCCCCGUUGAGGUGGACUCCAGCGGAUCCUAUCUCUCGCAUGACAUUUUGCACAGCGCGAGGAAGAAGCGGUCCGCCCUAAAUGCGAAGGCUUCCUUGCACUAUAGGUUCGCAGCAUUUGGACAGGAACUGCACCUUGAGCUGAAGCCCUCAAACUUCUUGAGCCAGGAUGUGACUGUCCAGGUGCUCGGGAAAGAUGGCAUUGAAGAUUCUCAGGUUGGCGGUGUUGAACAGUGUUUCUAUCAGGGAUUUAUAAGGAACCACAGUUCUUCCUCCAUUGCCAUAUCCACGUGCGCAGGUUUGUCAGGUUUGAUAAGGACACAGGAGAAUGACUUCCUUAUAUCACCAUUACCUCAACACCUAGCACAGGAACUUCACUAUAAGCCACCUGCUGGACACCACCCUCAUGUAUUGUAUAAACGGACAGCUGAAGAGAAAGUGCUGCACCGGUACAAAGUAGAUUCAAAUCCUUACCACUUUCCCCUUGACCGUCACAGCAAUCUCACUGCCCACAAGUAUCACAUUCCAGCUAACGAUUAUCACCAUGGAAGGUUUCAAAAGCAGCAUUUUUGUGGACGGCGCAAGAAAUAUAGUCCUAAGCCACCCACUGAAGACACAUUCGUCUUAUCUGACGAAUAUGGGAGCCAAGCAAGGUUGAAAAGGUCCCCCGUUAAAAAUCAGAAGGGUGGAAGUUUGAAUGUUGAAACGCUAGUUGUGGCAGAUAGGAAAAUGCUGGAGAAACACAGCAAGGAGAACGUUACCACCUAUAUCUUAACAGUGAUGAACAUGGUCUCAAGUCUUUUCAAGGAUGGUACAAUUGGAAGUGACAUCAAUAUCGUUGUUGUGAGCCUUCUUCUUUUGGAACAAGAACCUGGGGGACUAGUGAUCAACCACCAUGCAGACCAGUCACUGAACAGUUUUUGCCAAUGGCAGUCAGCUUUGGUUGGAAAGAAUGGGAAAAGGCACGAUCAUGCUAUCUUGCUUACUGGAUUUGAUAUUUGCUCCUGGAAGAAUGAGCCUUGUGACACUUUAGGCUUUGCUCCUAUCAGUGGAAUGUGCAGCAAAUACCGCAGUUGCACCAUCAAUGAAGACACUGGCCUUGGCUUGGCAUUUACUAUUGCCCAUGAAUCUGGACACAAUUUUGGCAUGAUUCACGACGGAGAAGGAAACCCAUGUCGAAAAGCUGAAGGUAACAUCAUGUCUCCCACUCUCAUAGGCAACAAUGGAGUGUUUUCAUGGUCAGUGUGUAGCCGGCAAUACCUUAACAAGUUUCUCAACACUGCUCAGGCAGCGUGUCUGAUAGAUGAGCCCAAACAAGCUGGACAAUACAAAUAUCCUGAUAAACUCCCAGGACAGAUCUACGAUGCCGACACACAAUGCAAAUGGCAAUUUGGAGCAAAAGCAAAACUCUGCAACUUGAGUUUCGUGAAGGAUAUAUGCAAAUCACUCUGGUGCCAUAAAGUAGGUCAUCGAUGUGAGACAAAGUUUAUGCCGGCUGCAGAAGGAACACUGUGUGGAAUAAACAUGUGGUGCCGAAGGGGCCAGUGUGUACCAUUUGGAGACCACGGUCCCAAACCUGUGAAUGGCCAGUGGUCAGCAUGGUCUAUGUGGUCAGACUGUUCUCGGACUUGUGGGGGAGGAGUCACCUAUCAAGAGAGACAUUGCAACAAUCCCAAACCUCAGCAUGGCGGAAAGUUUUGCCAAGGCUCAAGUCGCAUUUAUCAGCUUUGCAACACUCAGCUCUGUGCAUCAAACAGCCCAGACUUCCGAGCCCAGCAAUGUGCUGAGUAUAAUAGCAAACCUUUCCGCGGAUGGUACUACAAAUGGAAACCCUACACCAAAGUAGAAGAGGAAGAUCGCUGCAAACUCUACUGUACAGCAGAAGAUUUUGACUUUUUCUUUGCCAUGUCGAACCGCGUAAAGGAUGGGACCCUCUGCUCACUGUAUAAAGAAGAUGUGUGCAUUGAUGGGGUUUGUGAACAAGUGGGGUGUGAUUAUCGCCUUGGAUCCAAAGCUGCUUUGGAUGCUUGUGGAGUUUGCAAAGGAGACAAUUCUUCAUGUACAUUCUACUCAGGCCAUUAUUUAACCCAGCAUAAAACUAACAAUUAUUAUCCCAUUGUUACAAUUCCCGCAGGAGCUCGCAGUAUUGAAAUUCAAGAAUUGCUAAUCUCUAGCAGCUACCUUGCAGUCCGCAAUUUGAAUAAGAAAUAUUACCUAACCAAGGACUGGACAGUUGACUGGCCUGGAAAAUUUUACUUUGCUGGAACAAUGUUUGAUUAUCAACGGCCUUUUAGCCAUCCAGAGAAGCUGUUAGCAUCUGGCCCAACUAAUGAGACACUCAUCUUUGAAGUGCUGUUACAAGGGAAAAAUCCUGGCAUUUCCUGGCGAUAUACCUUAUCUAAGGUGAAUAAUGAGAACAAGAUAUUCACAAAAAGGCAUAGCUACUCAUGGGUGAUGGUGCAGUCAGAUUGCUCAGCAACCUGUGGUGGGGGGCAUUUGAUAGCCAAAGCUGUGUGUUUACAGGAUCAUCAAACUCGUGUAAAUUCUUCAUUCUGUGGCCCAAGGUCAAAACUCUUAACAGAAACAAUGAUGUGCAAUGCAAAUCCUUGCCCAGCCUAUUGGUCAGUAAGUGAAUGGAGCAUUUGCAGCCAGUCCUGUGGUGGGGGACAGCAAAGCCGUCAUAUCCAGUGUGUCCAGAAAAAGGCUUUUCAUAAGGAAGAGGUUGUGGCACAUGCCCUGUGCCCAGUAACCACUCCAGCACAAAUACAGGCAUGUAAUAACCAGGACUGUCCACCAGAAUGGAAUCCUGAGCCUUGGUCACAGUGUUCCAAAACCUGCGGACGAGGCAUAAUGAAACGUGAAGUUUUCUGCAAAAGUGUACGAGCCUCCAUCCUAACAAUUGUGCCAGAGAGCUUGUGCAACAGCGAAACAAAGCCAGAAAUGCAACAGACUUGCGUGUUGGGACGGUGCCCUAAAAACGAGCGUCUUCAAUGGGUGAUCUCUGCUUGGAGUGAGUGUUCUGCUACUUGUGGGCCAGGUAUCAGGAGGCGAGAAAUGCAGUGCAUUGAGAAAAGCAUUGGUGGCAAAUUGAUCACUUUCCCAUUGCGCCGCUGUCGAAAUCUUAAGAAGCCAAGCAUUGAUUUGGAAGAAGUGUGCCAGCAAGGACCAUGUCCGAUGCAUCCUCUGUACAAUAGGAUAUCAGGGUGGUAUUCUUCACCUUGGCAGCAGUGCACAGUGACAUGUGGUGGGGGAGUACAAACACGGAGUGUGCAGUGUCUCUUUCAAGGCCAGCCAGCAACCGGGUGUCUGUUUUAUCAGAAACCGGCAAUGUCACAAGCCUGCAAUACUAAUUUCUGCCUUGCUCCAGAGAAGAAAGACGAUCCUUCUUGUGUGGACUUCUUUGCUUGGUGCCACCUGGUUCCUCAACAUGGUGUCUGCAAUCAUAAAUUUUAUGGCAAGCAGUGCUGUAAAUCAUGCACAUGGAAGAAUUGAUCUGAUCAUUUCAGGCUGCCGCUCCAACAGGUUGAUUCCCCUUUGUCAAAGUUCCUUGUGAACCAAAUAUUAACCUAAAUGGCCAAGGAAAAUGGUGACAUUCUAACAUGGAGCAGAAAUUGCAGUGGUAAACCUUAUGUUGAAUCUUCCAGGACUGGAUUUUGAACGUAGAAUGGAAUGAGAUUGAGUAAUCUUCACUCUUCGUGGCCAAAAGUGAUCCCAACUACACUGGAUUGGCAUAGUGGUCCAAUUUUUUUCACUACAGAGUCAAUACAGAGAACCUAAAAUAGGGAAAUAGAGCAUACUAUGAAGACAUGUUAGCUAAUACGGUGUUUGUCAGCCGAGCCGUUCGAAAGAAGGAGAAUGUCUUUUAGGUUCAUUACAAUGGUGGCUGCUGAGACUGUGAAUUGCUAUACACAACAAAGGUGUGAUAUCUAGACAAAGACAGUGCUGCACUAUCAAGACUAAAGGUGCUUUUCUGUUUUCUAAAAGUGCUGCUGGGAAACUAAGGGCUAUAUCAAAAUGGAAUUCCUUGCUUUAUUGUGUUCCUUUCCCCAUGAUUAGCAAUAAAUCAGUCAUAGUUUACUAGCCACUUGAAUGAGCUGGCAUGCCUUGGGAUAAUCCUCCAAGAAAAUCCCAUUGAGUUUUUUUAAAAUAGCAUUUCUGUGUUCUCUGAGCAAAGUAGAAUUUCAUUCAACGUGAACCUCUCACAUAUGGGGCUAUGCCUCGUUAUCAUUCAAAAAUUCCACCACCUUCUUGUUUACAUUAAACAUUGAAAUUGUUUCGCUGACUGUUUGAGAAUUUGAGUGUUACUUGUGAAAACUAGACCUUUUUUCUAUUCAAACAUUAAACGAAAUGAGAAGGAAAUUGCAACUAUUGCCCAAAUAGUAGGAAUUGCAUGAAAUUCAUUAAUCCGUUUCAGGCAGUGGCAGAGAUUGAUCUUGCUGAAUUCAAACAUAAAUGCAAAAUGCUAUGAAUAUGACUUGAAAGUUUAUGCAAACAAAUAGCUAUAUAUCUUUUCUCCAUUCCAUCUGCAAACCACUUGAAAGACAUCUCUUUCCUUAUGGAAUCAUUUAUAUAAACUGGGCCAGGAAAUGAACCUGCAUUUCCAGGUAUGAUCACUCAUGCUAAAUACAAGCACGGAUUUAUAGGCUCAUGGAUUAAAUGCACUGGCUAGUUUUGUAUAAUAUUUUGAACAGGUUAUUUAAAGAUCUACCAACUCCAUUCAGAUAGCAUGCUACAUCUGGUUAAUUUUACCCUUCUCUUGUGUUCUUUUUAUUAUUUGCCAUAUAAUACAAACCCAACCUCUUUAUGGAACACAUUAAACCAUAAACUAACCAUACCAUACAGUCAUCUGGUUAAGUGUUGUGCAAAUACAGCUAUUAAGUGUGCCAUGGUGAGUCAAAAACCUGUUCUUAAAAGAUGUUGAUGAACAUGACAAUUGAGCCAAGGAUAGCUGACUAGUUUUUUUUUUAAGUUCUCUGUGUUUUCUUUAUCAGAAAAAGAAACAUAUUAUAUAUAGUUCUGAAUUAGUCAAACUGAUGGUCCUGUACACUUGCGUUUCUCUGCUGGAAAAUAUUUGAUCUAGACAGUUGGCACAUACAUACAGCCCAUUUUUGCAUGACAACUGAUAUUAGUGGAUUCACCAUUCAUGGAAUAAGUAGAAAAACAACAUGUAUCCAAUAUAGAAAGAAUAGAUUUUGAAUGCUCAGACGGUGAACUAGAAUACAAGGCGAUCUCUUUGCUAAAACCAAUAUGGCUAAAGAAGCUUAUAUUUUGAUGUAAUUUUCUGGGGCAUGGCUAUACUGGACAUUUUUGUCCUCUUUCCAGCCAAUCCCACAUCAUCCUUGGAUGAGUAUAUGGCUCUCUGAACUAUCAUUUCUGAUCUAAAAUUAGACACAUCAACAUUAAUGUCAGAAAGUGGUCAGUCAAAAUUAGCAGUUUCUUUUUUGCAAGGAACAGCAUGAAAUGUGAUGCAUUAGGAAAUGAUUAUUCCAACAGUCUUGAGUUUGAAGUAGACUGUCCUUGAACAUUUUAAAAUGAGAGAUCUUUCUCUCCAACAAGGUGUUCUACAAUUGUCAUAUUUUAUUAUUUGAUGUAAAAAUAUUAAUUUAUUAAUGCAUAGCUCUCCCUUCUUUUUAAUUUUAUCACUGGCUUCCCAAACAAGUGAUGGCAAUGCAAAUAAAUGUUGCAUAGAAAUAUAGAUUGUGAUGUAAAAGGAAAAAAAAGAGAACAAACUUAAAGCAUAAAUUGUACUAUUUAAUUGUUUCAUAAGUUGUAAUAAAAAUACUCUAUUUCAUUAUGUUUUGGUACCUGUACAAGUCUUGAAUAAACUAUGG